CACUCGUCGUGGGUGGCGCUGGCCUGGCGCAUGCAUGCGCCUGGAGUCUCCGAGUCCCGCCCGCCCUGAGGCUGUAGCAGUGCCAGUGUGUGUCAUGAGGAGGGAGUGAGUCUCAGUCUGGCCCACCUCCUCACCUCAGCCGACAGCCACCGACAUCUCCCCUGUCCCCCGGGGGGGCUCCGCUCCACCAUCCACCGCCGGUCCGGAGUCACCUCACCUCGCCAGCAGACCUAACAGCAUUGCACCGACCGACCGUGGCCCUGCGCAGGCACUUCAUCCAAAAUGUCUUUUUUGCAACAAUUCCUUCUUCAGGCUAAGUCUCUAGAAGGUGGACCUGAACCAGUGGCUGCUGAAAAUUCUGGACCAUCACUACAAGCAACAUCUGGAUUCAAUCCUGCAACAGAUGCUGCUAAUCUUGAUAAAGCAAUUACAGGGGUGGAUGAAGGCACCAUCAUUAAGCUCCUGACUAAAAGAACCAACAGUGAACGCCAGCAAAUCAAAGCUGCUUAUCAACAACAGACAGGAAAGCGUUUAGAUGAUGAACUGAAUAAAGCACUCUCAGGCCACUUGGAGGAAGUUGUUUUGGCAAUGAUGAAAACCCCAGCCCAGUAUGAUGCACAUUGCCUGAAGAAUGCCAUCAAGGGACCUGGAACAGAUGAAAGUACUUUAGUUGAAAUUCUUGUAACGCGGGGCAAUCGUGAGAUCAGAGAAAUUGAUAAGGCUUACAAAGAAGAGUUUAAGACAGAUCUUGCUAAUGAUGUUGCUUCUGACACAUCUGGAGACUUCCAAAAAGUUCUUCUAGUACUCGUUAAGGGUGAACGUAACGAAAGUGCACCUGUGAAUAAUGAGCAGGCUGACAAUGAUGCCAGGGCUCUUUCUGAAGCGAGAGAUACAGCCAUUUUCAUAAAUAUUCUCAGCUCAAGGAGCUUUAUCCAGCUUCAACUAGCUUUAAACAGGUUUGCUUCAAACAACAAAAAUCAAAUGGCCAAGGCUACAGAUCUUCAAAUGAAGGGAGACGUUGAAAACACUCUGAUAUCCCUUGCAAAGGUUGCAUCAAGCAAACCAACUUAUUUUGCUGAAAGAUUCAAAUUGUCAAUGAAGGGACCUGGAACCAGACCUAAAGACUUAAUUAGGCUUCUGGUAUCUCGAAAUGAAAUUGACCUAAAAGAGAUCAAAUAUCUCUAUAAGAAGCUGUAUGGAAAAUCCCUGCGCCAGGCUAUUAAGGAACAAAAACUGAAAGAAGUCUAUGAAACCAUUAUGAUGAGCCUUUGUGGCCCUGACAACUAGAAAGCAUUUGAUUUAUAAAAUCUGUAGAAGGUUAGCUGGAAGUACUGCAUUUUAUAUUUACUAUGGAAAAAGAUUUCAAUGACCAAAAAAAUGCAAGUCACUGUAAGCAUAAAUCACAUAUGUAAUAAACUUGUUAAUGUA